UAUGGCCAAAGAGAGCGAAUAAAACUCGCCCGAGCACUUGUUCGUCAGACAAUUGUAAGUGUGAAACAUCCUGCUGCCGCGCAUCAACAAAAGAGAAUAUUAGUUUUACAAUCACGGAGCCUCGUUGCCUCCAGAGUUUCUCCAACGCUACGGGAGGACACGCUUCUCUCUUUCCCGCAUUUAAACUCCUACCAUCCAUCUGCCUGCAUCCAUUUCUGCUCCGUCCGCAGAGAACCAUCAGCGGUGGUCUCGUAUCGGACUAUUGGAUUUGGGUUGACGCCAUGGGGACAGAGGGAGGGGGUCUUCGCCAUGGAUUCUGACUUUUUAAACACUUAAUACAAACAUAUAGAUUGCGAAACCCCGUGUUUAAGUAGUUUUACGCUUUAGGUCGCAUCUCUUCCUGCCCUUCUUCACCGAACGGGAUGGUUCCGGCGCAGCGUCGCGUGGGGUGAGAAGAUCUUGCAAGACUGGGAAGAAAAGCGAGAGAUCGAAGGAUUAUGGCACUCUUCGCGCUCUGUCUCUUUAUUCUGACGCUCACCUGCACGAACUUUGACCUGGUGACUGCAGGCAGGCACGCGGUACACUGGAACAGUUCAAAUAUUCUACUUCGUAAGGAGGGCUACACAGUGCAGGUGAAUGUCAAUGACUAUCUGGAUAUCUACUGUCCUCACUACAACAGCAGCCAGAGAGGCGUCGCCGAGCAGUACGUGCUCUACAUGGUCAGUUAUCGUGGUUACCGUACGUGUGACCCGCAGCUGGGCUUCAAACGCUGGGAGUGUAACCGUCCCCACGCCCCGCACGCACCAAUCAAAUUCUCGGAAAAGUUCCAGCGCUACAGCGCCUUCUCGCUCGGCUACGAGUUCCACGUCGGGCAGGAGUAUUAUUAUAUCUCCACACCCACUCAUCACCACGGCCGGAGCUGCCUGAGAUUAAGAGUGUAUGUCUGCUGCUCAACAGCAUCUGAUUCAGAUGAUGAGCCCCAGCCCACAGAGCCAGACUACACUCUAAGACCCAACAUCAAAAUCGAUGACCUCGAACUAGCCCUCCAGUUCCCAGCCUUACAGUCACAUCCUGCACUUCCUCAGCACCGCCGUAACCGACUCAAGGACAGCGACGAUCGCACCAUUUAA